AUGGCCAGAGGUUUGUCUUUCUCUCUGUCACUCAAUGGCCAUAAAAAUAUUAUCUAUUUCUUUCAGGGAGUUAGGAAGGAAACUCCCAUCAAUACUCUCUCUCUCCCUUUUCAUUUGUCCUCUUUCUCUCUCUCUCCUCUCAUUUGUCCUCUUUCUCUCACUUUCCUCUCAUUUGUCCUCUUUCUCUCUCUUUCCUCUCAUUUGUCCUCUUUCUCUCUCUCUCCUCUCAUUUGUCCUCUUUCUCUCUCUCUCCUCUCAUUUGUCCUCUUUCUCUCUCUUUCCUCUCAUUUGUCCUCUCUCUUUCCUCUCAUUUGUCCUCUCUUUCUUUUGUCCUCUUUUCCUCAUUUGUCCUCUCCUCUCUGUCUUCCUUUCAUUUGUCCUCUCUCUUUCUUUCUUUGUCCUUUCAUUUGUCCUUUCUCUUGUCCUCUUCCUUUCCUUUCUUGUCCUCUCUCUUUCCUUUCAUUUGUCCUCUCUCUUUCCUUUCACUUGUCCUCUCUCUCUUUCCUUUCACUUGUCCUCUCUCUCUUUCCUUUCACUUGUCCUCUCUCUCUUUCCUUUCACUUGUCCUCUCUCUCUUUCCUUUCACUUGUCCUCUCUCUCUUUCCUUUCACUUUCCUUUCAUUUGUUUUCUCUCUUUCCUUUCACUUGUCCUCUCUCUUUCCUUUCACUUUCCUUUCAUUUGUUUUCUCUCUCUCUCUCUUUUUGUCUAUGACUCUUUCUUUGACUUCUUUCUUCAAAACAUUUCUACAUUUUACUUUUGCAUGA